AUGAGUCACAACGCCAAGGUGCAGAUUGGCAGCGACAAGGCGCGCCACACGGAGACGUUCAGUUCACCGCACACAUACAGCAGCGGCCAGGUAGUGCCACCGCCAACAGUGCUGCCGGACAUGCCGACGAUAUCGAACAUCACCAUCACGUCUGCCCUUGCGGGAUUGCCGCAACACAACCGGGGCGUAAAGGUGGAGAACGAUGAGAGCAGCACAUCACAGGCGGAGGCCGCCACUGCCACCACGCGCCGUGUUGAGACCAUGACGUUUGACGUGGAACGUAUUAGCCCACCAAUUGCAAAUAUGUUUCGUAGGCUCAUCCUUACCGAGGUUCCCGUCCUUGCGUUUGAUCGAAUCCUUAUUGAGGAAAAUGACAGUGUCGUGCCCGAUGAGCUCCUUGCACACCGCAUUGGCCUCGUGCCGCUCGCCGGCCCCGUGGCGAAGAUGCAGUUCGUGACAGAGAGCAACCAGGUAGGCUUUGACGCUCUCGACCCUCAGCGGGUACUGGUGUUUGAGCUCGCCGCGGAGGGGCGUCGUGACGCGCAGGCGACGAGUGUCUACAGCGGCGAGCUGAAGUGGAAGCCGCUCCCCGGACAAGAGGCGUGGGCGAAUGGGCCAGACGAGGACCGCGUGUUUCUGGUCCAUCCCGACAUUAUUUUGACAAAGUUAGGGCCCGGGCAGCGGUUGAAGCUGCGCGUCAUCGCUGUGAAGGGCAUUGGCGGCGUCCACGCCAAGUGGGCCCCCGCGUCUGCGUGUUUCUACGAGCUCAAGACCAGCAUCAGUCUGCGCGAGCCGAUUCGUGGUGAGUGUGCAACAAAGCUGCAGCGUCUCUGCCCCGCAGGUGCCUUCCGUGUGAAUGAGAACGGCGAGGCGGUGGUGACGGAGGUGGAGAACUGCACGUUAUGCCGUGAGUGUCUCCGCCGUGACGUGCACCCAGAGAUUGCUGACAAGAUUACCAUCGAGAAGGAUAAAACGCGCAUGCGUUUCACCAUUGAGAGCAUUGGGCAUCUGCACGCCUCGCAGAUUUUGCGCCACGCCCUCACACUUUUCGCGGAGCGUAUGCGCGAUCUGGCGAUGCGCAUUCGAAGCUCAGAGGCAAACGUCACGAGUACAGCAGCAGCAGCAGCACGACAGUCCGUCUAA